AUGCUGCCAGCCUUCAAGCCAGUGGUCCUUACUAUGGUCUAUUCUAGAAUUUCCAUCAUUUCUGUCAUCCUCUGUGGGUGUUUUGCCAAGGCAAGCAAUGAUGUAAGCAAUGCUACCUGCCCUGCUGUCUGCAAGUGUUCUUCUGAUGAUGAAGUUUUUUGCUAUAAAGUUGGGAUUAAAAAUCUACCUCCAGAUCUGCCUGCCUCAUCCAUGCUACUGAACCUUGCAGGGAAUGUAAUAAGGAUCCUUCCUUUCAACGCUUUUCGCGAUGUGCCUGCUCUUCAAGUCUUAUGGCUCAAUCAGAACAAUCUCACGUUCCUGUAUCCUGGUGCUUUUAUUGCUCUUGGCAACCUAAAAGAAUUGAAUCUUAGCUGGAACCCAAGAUUGACUUACCUCCAUGCCCACACCUUCCGUGGCCUCGUUACCCUCAUCUCUUUGGAUCUGUCUCACUGCAACGUGUUUGACAUCCAUCCUCUUGUGUUCUUAUAUGUGUCAUCUUUGGAAUUUCUUGAUUUAAGCUCCAAUAAGAUGAAUUACAUACCACAGGCGCUGAGGAAACUCCACAACGUGACCAGGUUAUCUAUGGAAAAUAAUCACAUAGCAGCCAUCGGAAAAAAUUCUUUCAAAUGUCAACAAGCCUUGGAAGAUCUUAAUCUACAAAGAAACCGGAUUUGGGCCAUUCAUGAAGAAGCCUUCAACCAUCUGAACAAGCUGAGUGUGCUAAAUUUAGGACAUAACUUCAUAUCCCAUUUGCCUAAUCAGCUUUUUAGUGGAUUAGACCAGUUAAGGAUUAUGUACCUACAAGCUAACAAGAUUGAUAAAAUUAACUGCUCCUUUAAUGGACUCGUACGCUUGAAAAAAUUACAUCUUAAUAACAAUCGUAUAACGCACAUCAGACAUAACGCGUUUUCAUCCUUAAAGCAGCUUCAGUUCCUUCAACUGAAUAAAAAUAAUCUGACCUCUCUCCCUCACUAUUUGUUCUCACGUAUGCCCAAGCUGAAAGGCGUCUUCCUUUCCUAUAACCCGUGGAGCUGUGAGUGUAGCAUGGCGUGGAUUGCCAACUGGAUGGUAACUUACAAAGGAACGAUCCAAGGCUUGAACUGCAUCUUUGCAUUGACCUACAGGACAACCUCAGAGGUCUUCACCCACAAUGGUGUGGUUUGCUUCCAAGAUGACAUGGAUGAGGAUGACACAUGCCUGGAGAGCUCCUUAGAUUCUGCUCCAGUAUUAGCUGUUCAUUCAACCCUUGUAACACUUCUAAUUGUAGGCCACUUUGUCUUCGGUGUAGGUCUACUAUGA